GGGCCCCGCAGUAUAGUCAGUUGUUAAGACAGCAGCAGCUCGCAGCUCGUCUCGUUUUAAGUCGUUAAGUUUUUUGUUUCGGUUUUUACGUUACGUUCGCAUUUGUUUUUUUCGUACGCAAUUACAAGUAGUUGCCAAACGAGUUUGUUUUAGAACAUAAUAUUAACAACACAGCUGUCUGACGCGAUAUUAAAAUGGACGCACUCAGCGAUAUAUUAGCGCCACACUCCGAGCUAAUUGGUAAAAUAGCCGGCACAAUAACUACUCUACAAUUUCUGUCCGGUGUUUUUCUGCUCAACGACAUUCGCAAGAAAGGCAGCAGCGAUGUUUAUCCCGUUGGACCAUUUUUGGGUGGUGUUGUUCUCACCGUGAUGAGCGUAAAACUGGGUCAAGCGAUGGGCGACCAGCCGAUGAUAAAGGUCAACAUAAUUGGCUUUGCCAUCAAUACGGUUUUCAUGGUCGGUUUCUUCUACUACGCAUCGAGUGAGCGAAAAUCUAAGAUAUGGGCUCAGAUUGGUUACGUCUCCUUGUUCCUGCUGGCUGUCAUUACGUACGCCAACUUUGAGGAUCCCGCCAAGCUUGAGUUCCGUCUGGGCAUGCUAAUCACCUCGAUUCUGGUCUGGUUGAUCGGUUCACCGCUGCUGAACAUCCCCAAUGUGAUCAAGAAGAAGAGCACCGAGGGAAUGCCGUUCCCCAUCAUCUUUGCUGGUCAACUAGUAGCCACAGCCUGGACUAUCUACGCCAUUUCCAUCCGUAAUCAUGUCAUGGUGUUCCAGAACUUGUUCCUCUGGUCUUUGGGCGGCAUUCAGCUGUUCAUGUUUGUGUUGUAUCCCAGCAAGCCGGCCAAGAAAACUCCAAGCAAGAAGGCCAGCAAAAAGGAGAACUGAACAUCCCAAAAACGAACAAAAUGGUUCCAUGCAAGCAACAAGAGAUUAAACUAAAUUUUGGAAUCGAGAAUACUAAUUGUUACUUCUUGUGGAAGUUUCUUACAAGUCGCCACAGAUUAUAUUUUUGUCUAAACUAUAUAGUAUGAAUGUAAGCUAUAUAUUUUCUUAGAACAAAACGCGCUAAUAGCAAAUUUGGGAAGGAGGCGUCGUCAUCACUAGCUAAGCUUUUACUUUACAAUCCAAAGUGCAUUUCAAAGGAUUCAGCAAUUGUAUAUAGAUCCUUUGAAGUGCAAAUUGUAACUGUAAAGUAUGCCUAAACUAAUCUUGUUAAUAAUUAAAUUAAUAACAUUUUGUACAAAAACAAAACGUAACAAAACUAUUUGCAAUUUUUGACAAUAAUUCAAAUCUUCCAAUAUAUAUUAAAUAUCAAUCAAUAAAAAAAGGUAUUACAUUAAA